ACUGGUCAGUCCACACCCCAGGGCCACAGGUGCCACACCCGUCACUAGACCUAAUGCCCCCAGGGGGAGAAGAUGCCAGUCUAUGAAGGAAACCACCAGGGGGAGUGCGGCGGCCACGCCCAGUUUGGGGUCUGGAGGUAAUAGAAGGGGAAAGGAUGGGGCGCCACAGGAUGGAAUUCCAAAACUUGGUUCAACUAAGCUGCCAAACGGGAAAGUUGACGCGGGAGGUGGUGUCGCCACCUCAGCAGAGGUGCAGAGCAAUCACACGGGGGAGCUAGGCAACAAUACCGCAACGACGGCAACAGCAGCAGCAAUGACCGCCAAAGAUCAACAGCUUUCAGCAGAGCCAGUGGGUAACGUACACCAAGAAGAGAAUGAUCGAUUAAGGAGGGGUGGAAUGUCGCCCAAUCAAAAUAUCAGCACAACAACGUCCAAUGCUUCUAACCAAGCAGAUCAAAGAGUCAAAGUCAAACAAGUCCAAAACCCAACAGUGGUGCUACUACGCGAGGAGAACCACGAGAAUUUGCAGCGCUCAUCAAGCUCUGAAGUCGGCCAAUCCCCAGCCAAAUCUGUCAGCUCACCGAGCCUGUCAUCAGCAGCAGAGCAUGAUUCGAAACUUCCUCGCUUUGCGACCACUUCAGGACUGCGUGGCUCCAUGCGUAGAAAUGUUGGGUUUGCAUCUCUCAGGCGAGACACUACGAGCCCAAGCAAAGAUGGCUGCCAGGAGGUGAAGAGGAGUGGUCAAGGAUCUGUAGUGACCACCACUUCAGCGGACUUAUGUGAUGGUAAUCUGAGUACAGUCACUUCCACUUCAACAAUGUCCAAUAAUAUGGACAGCCCUUUGUGUGGUAGAUCAGAUGUAGUAUCGACCAGCUCUUCUGCAAGGUCAUCCUCAUCCACAAGCGAGGCCAGUAGUGGCCGUAGUUCAACUGACCAGUGUCGGUCAACAAAGCUCAAGUAUAUGAGCGGCUCCUGUAGUUCUAGCCAGCUAAGCUUAAAUAGUGUGUCCAGCGAGGACUAUGAGGGUCAAGGUCGUAGGGGCACAGACAGUGAACUCGAUGUCGCUCCCAAGCAGUACCGAGAUUUGAGACAUUUCUCAGGUUUGAGAAGAAAUAGUGCACCCCCAGAGACCCUCAGUGAUGAUCUGCAGCAAUUUUGUAAGAAAUUGUCCUCAGAAGUUGAUGGCAGUUAUACCAAUGCUGCCAUCUAUGCUAAUGCUUCCAGUAAUGACACUGCUUUGCCACAUACUGCUUCCCCAGUUAACCAAGACACGUCUGCAAGUUCGCAGACUCAGCCAACUUCGCCUUCUUUGAAAUCGGGUCUCAGCUCACCACGCUACUCCCUGAUUGGCCGAUCCACUUUUCCAAGGAGUUAUAGGUCGGCCUCCCUUCCGUGCAUCGAAGAGAGCGUCAUUUUGAAACAAUGGGAGGAGAUGAAAGGGAAGGGUAGUGAAAAGUCCAGCAGUGUGGACACUUUGAAUGAAGUCAGUAGGAGGCUUUCUCGAGAGCAGAUGACGACGGCCAUGUUCCAGACUGAGGACGAGGAUGAGGUGUUUACUCAGGUGGUAGAGGAAAAGUCUAUAGGCUCUAGUCCAGGAGACAUCAGCUGUAGUGACAUAGCUACAUCUUCCUCUGGUCGGAGAGUCACUGGUAGGAGAAGGACCACGACAUCCAUUCCUACGACUAUUGGGUCAACCAGGGUAGCUGGUAAUACUACUUCUACAGCUACGCCUCGUGGCCUAACCAGGCAGAACCACUCGGACUCCACGGUGUACAAAUAUCGCCGGAGUUACAGUCUCCCCACAAACUCACUCUUGGUGACCAGGAAGGAGACUAGUUUUGAUUCUGAUGGAAGCGUUAAGGAGUUCACCAGGCUUUUCCAGGUUUCCAGUCGAGGAGGAUAUACCUCAAUAGAAGAGGAGGAGGAGGAGGAUUUGUUUGAUGAGGAUUCCGAGGAAGGGGGAUCCUCGCCCAAGGUGAAUUUCUUUGUGGGAGACAAGGCGGAAAGUAGGAAAAGCAGUGCCUCAUUGGAUUUUAAUGGAAAUAAUUAUGAUGACCUAGAAACUUUUUCUAGUGAUAAAAAAACAAGUAAGUUAAUUAGUCCAUUGGAUAUUAAUCGACGAAUCAUCCUGUCGUUGCCGAACAAGGAAAGUCCAGCAAUGAAUCGGCUACGAGCAAAACGGGAAAAAUUGAUGAGGUCAAAGUCCAACCGGGAGGUCAAAUCGCUGACCGAUUCAGAACUGGACAACCGGAUGACCAGGUUAUCAUUGGCCACCCAGGAUGAUGAAGUGUCCUCGUUAUUGAACCGUACACGAAGCAAGAGCUUUAAAGAGGCCCAGAAGGUGGACGUAAUUGACAGUAAUAGUUGCAGUUCACCCAAACCUACAAGUCCCGAAUGGCGGGAUGCUGAUGUGAAGACAGGGUCCCCUCUUUCGCCAACGCAUUUAUCGCCUCUUCCAGAGGGUAGAGAACAAAUUGAGUCACCAGCGAGUGACAUUAUUUACUCUGCAGGGUCACCUCGUAUCGAGGAUCUUAUACAAGAGUCUCCAGUGGGAAGCCCAAAAAGCCCUGGGAUAUUUCGAAGGAUGUUUGGCAAAAGUCGAUCUUUUCAGGAUAAAAGGCGGGAGCGUUUGAAAAAUCUUAUUGUCGAUUCCACCCCUAGGAAUGGGCACAAAUUUGGCGAGAGUCUGCCAAGAGUUUCAAAUUCUGUCCCAACUUCGCCCAGUCUGACACUACUGCCAGGUUACUCACCCAAAACCAGUGGAGUUUUUUCCGAGAAUUCUGACGAGCUGGGACAUUUGAGUCCCAUCGUGACAUUUAGUGAGGAGGAUGACGACAUAGGAUUAUAUCCAGGGGCUCCGCGGAGCAAAAGUAUGAGACAUCGACGGAGCAAAACUAUUGGAAAUUUCAACAGCACGGGGACUAUAUCCCCGGAGAUUAAAAAACAGAUUGAAGACUCUCUUCUCCAUCCGCCUAUACGGAGUCACUCCACAUAUGGCGGUAUUGGAGGAGGGGGAGCGAGUUCGCUGGCCCCAGUGUCUCUUUUUGAACAACCACCUCGACCCAGUAGUCCUAAGCCUUGUGUGAAACCUUCAGAGGAGAGCACUGCAAUAAGCAGCCCUGUAGUCAGGUCACGUCGAUCUGCUUUCGGUAAACAGCGUGGAAAUACUUUCGAUUCAGCGGACCUGGGUCAGGAAGACACGACAGAAAAUGUUGGGGGAUUGAAACGUUUAUCACAUGAUGUUCAUCACCUUAUUACCUCAGAAACAACUGAAAGUCCGUCUAGAAGGGAUUCUUCCAAAUCUGCAGCAGACGGCGCCGAGGAAGGUCAGCCCCGCAGAAGGAAAAGUAGUCACAUUCCAUUGGCUGAGCUGGAAAAAAUGGCUGCCAUGGUGAGACAGGAAGUGGCAGCAUCAAAUAGUGGCAGUAGCGAUAGUGGGAUCAUUCAAGACAGCGUGUUGUCUAGCAGCGAGUCACUCAAAGGAGAUGACAUUCUGCUCCGAGAGUCGCCUCCUUCCACCAAGGAACGCCCAAAGUCCGACUACCUUUCCAACUGGACCAAUGACAUUUGGGAAGAGAACGGACCCAGGCGCUGUACAGAAAAACCCAGGCCCAAGUCUGAUGAUCUGGGGGGCAUUUCACUGGUAUCGCAGGCCAUGAAGUUAUAUGGCGGAGAGAAGGCGGAGGAUGUGUUUGAAGAAGGCAUGCGCACACCUCCCCUGUUCACUACCUCAGAGAAAAAGAAGAGCAUGCAAGAGAUGGUUAGGCCAGGACUCAAGUCAAGAAGGAUGUCUACCCCACACCCCAUAAAGAACCGCGUGGAGAGAAGUCCACCCAAGUCCCGACACAACAAGAGACCGCAGUUGGUGAGAUCUCUUAGCAACCCAGAAACCAUACACCACGCCGGGAAGAGAAGAAAAGCCAUCUUUGCACAGGGUAUGGCUAUUUCUACUGAGGCUGGAGAGAUUGCGUUGGCACUCAGCCGCACCUCUACAUACAGUAAUUCCUCCAACGACUCGGACACAGACUCAUCCUCUGAUGACGAACUUCACACCAGUUUUCGUGGACGGAGUUCCAGUGAUCAUUCUACGCAUCCUGCUCUCCAUACCAUGGAGGAGAUAUUCGAAGAUGAGUCCCCCAUUUAUGCUGAGGCAUUAUGGGACCACGUCACCAUGGAUGAGGAGGAAUUGCGCUUCCAGGCGGGCGAUGUCAUCGAGGUGACAGACAUGUCUGACAAGGACUGGUGGUGGGGUAUCAUCGGUGAGCGCGAGGGAUGGUUUCCCGCAGCAUUUGUACGGCUUCGAGCCAACCAGGAAGACACAGCAGAAGAAUAUGUAGAAAAGAUGAAGGACGGAAACCUGGACACGCGUACCACCAGGCGGCACUGCAGUUUCAGCUUCCUGAGCAAGGACCAAGCCAGGACCAACGUUGUGAAUGAGAUACUCAGUGCAGAGAGGGAGUAUGUGAAACAUCUCGAAGAUGUGAUAGAGGGGUACGUCAAACAAGCCAGAAAACGGCCAGAGAUGUUCUCAGAGGAGAGAAUCCGUUUGAUCUUCAGUAACAUGGAGGAGAUUUACGAGUUUACCAGUGAAUUCUUGGAAGAGCUGGAGACGUGUUACAAUGAAACUAUGCCCCACCUGAGUGAAAUUGGCCAGUGUUUUAUUAACCAUAGCAAAGGGUUUGAAAUCUACUCCGAUUACUGCAACAAUCACCCUGCUGCCUGUGAGGAACUGAAGGAGGUGCAGAAAAAUAAGAAAUAUAAACAUUUCUUUGAGGCGUGUCGGCUCCUCCAAGACAUGAUACAGAUCCCGCUAGAGGGUUUUCUCCUGACGCCAGUCCAGAAGAUAUGCAAGUACCCACUUCAGUUAGCCGAGCUGUUAAAGUACACGCGACCUGAGCACAGGGAUUACGACACGGUCCAAGAGGCCCUGGAGACAAUGAGGAAGAUCGCUGUGCUGAUUAACGAGCGGAAGAGAAAAAUGGAGAGCGUGGAGAAGAUAGCAGCAUGGCAGCGGUCUGUUGAAGACUGGGAGGGCCCUCAUUUACUGGAGACCAGCUCAGAGCUGAUCUACUCUGCUGAGGUGUGUAAGGUGAACUCUACCGGCUGGACACAAGACAGGACACUGUUCUUAUUUGACCAUUUACUCAUUUACUGCAAAAAGGACAUGUUGAAGAGAGACAGUUACAGUUUCCGUGGAAGAAUAGACAUGGACCAUUGUAAUGUCAUUCAAAUUGAGGAUGGCAAAGACUCACAGUUCAACGCCAGUGUAAAAAAUGCUCUUAAACUUCACGACGCCUCAAUCGACAAAUGGUACCUCAUCUGCAGCAAGACGCCCGAGGAUAGAGAUCGCUGGUUGCAGGCAUUCAGGGAGGAGAGACGCAGGGUCCGGGAGGAUCAAGAAAAUAAUUUUGUGGUGCCUGAGAGGAUGAAGAAAGCUGCCAUCAACUCCAAGCACCAUUCCAAGCAGCAUUCAAAGAGGUCUUAUCCAGAGAAACCAUUAGAAAAGGGAAUUUCAAGAAAAGUGUCUCGUAUGCCCUACCCAUAUCAUAUAGAAGUCUUGAACAGUGUGCCGUCACAUAUCACACUGCCACGAGGGAUUUCUAGUCACGACACUGUGAGCAACAAAAAGAGAAACUGGUUUCCUUUCUUAAAAGGGAAAAGGUAGAGAUUUUCACAGCGAAAUUUGUACGGAAGGCAUGAUCUUGACCAUUGAGAGAGCAGUGGGUGUUACGUGUUGCUGAUCUGUAGCUGCACCAGUCAAACAACACAGAUUUUUUUCUGCUGAAUUGCACCCAGUCAGGUUGCAAGAAUUAUUUGCUGCUGAUGGUAGCUGCAUUGUUGCUGCAGAUUUGUACACACAAUAAGCAAGUUGGCCAAAUUUACUUUCUGCAGAUCGUUUAGAAAAUUGGUCAUCUGGAAGAGAAAGUAUUUUCUCAGGGAUGUGAAAAAUUGCAACAUUCGUUGGAUUGUGGCAAUUAAAUCGCCAAUCACCUUGGAUGCCAUUCCAGCCAAUCCAAUCUGGUCUUAUAUUUGGUGCAGAAGAUCAAAUUCAGAGAACAAAGCCAGGGGUAUAAAAUCAUAUGUGACUUAGAAGAAGAGGUGUUUUACCCUCUUGUUUAAAAAAAAAAACAAUUGAGGGUCUGACAUGAAGUGUUCACCCUCUUUCCUCUUAGACAGGCCCAAAGAUGAAUGAAGGAGUCUGAUGUGAACUUCAAUAUUUCAGGAUGGACUCACUUUGAAUAAGUCUUGAGUUAUAUGCAGGAUCUCUUAUUUGCCAUUGAGAUCAUGUGAUUGGGUCAGCUCUCGACCAGUGAAAUGAUGGACACUAUGGUCAUAUUAUGAUGAUCGGUUUUGCAGUAAUGUCAGAGAUAAAAAAAUAUAUUUGGAGAAAACAGAGGCACAAGACCAAAUCUAUUUUAGUUGUGUGGAAAAUAAUUGUGUGUACUCUUAUAGUGUUGCACUUGUAACAUACUGGGGUUGAAUGUGACAUUGAUUGUUUUUGAUUGUUUUACACAGCAAGGAGUAGUUAUGGACUGGGCUGUAUUGGAAUAGCAGUGCUGCCAUCUAGUGGGGCUUAAGAAUGUACCUGUGGCUGGCACUAUUUUUCCAACAAAACUCCAACAAAAGUAGAAGUGAAUAAGUCUUUUCUAUUGCCAAAUCUUUUCUGGUAAAUUUAUGAUAAGUUUUGAGAAGGGUAGUGCCAAAAUAUUAAGGAGAUUAGGACCUAUUUAAAAGGAAGCAGGCUUCCUUCAUGCUUGAAUAGCAAGUGUUUGGCAAAAUGAGAAAUGUUAAAUGGGAACAUUUGUGACAGUUUUGCCAUUUAUAAUGUGAAUUCUUUCAUAUAUUUCAUGUGUAUAAUUGUGACAUUGACAUAUACUAAUAUAAAGGGACAAUUAGUUGGAUUUGAAAUGAUGGGCCAAAUUGUAUCAAUAUGGCAUGGAAUGAAAUUUAGAUGAAAAAUCUUAUGGUACAGAAAUUACGUGAAAUCUUCAAAACAGUUACUGUUGCUUUUUCUUAUAUCUCAUAUUUACGUGAUUAUUCACAGCCACUCCUAAAAAUGAACUUUUCAGAGUAAAAGUUGGUUACCUUUUAUAAGGGUCUCGAUCAUCAAUUAGAAACAAAGCAUUGUUUUGCGGGAAUUUGCUAACUUCGCUCUCAUUAAAAGGACAAUUACUUAACUCUUUUAUGUGAUGAAUUUGGUAGAUGAACAAAGAUAGUUUGCAGCAUCAGCUGUUUGAUUUUGAAAGCCAACUAAGAAAUAUUAUGCAAAUUUUAUCAUAUUUUCUAGAUGUGGUAAAUUAAACAUGGCAUUUAUGCUUAAAGAAAUGUUUGCAAAUAUCGAAUUAUGUGUAUGAAAUUUGCAUGUAGUCAAUAUUCAUUGCUUUGUAUUAAUUUAGACAGUGACUGGGAAUGGCCAUGAAUGAACUUACUAUUAUGACAAUAAUUGCAGACAUUAUGAGUCACUGUAUGAUUUUUCCAUCUUUGUUAUGUCUAUUAUUGAACAAAGCACCCCAAUAAUUUUCAUACUUAUUUAUUAAAAAUUCCUAUACUGAUAACUUUUGUCAGCUUCCCCUGGUAUAUGACUGAAAAAUACUGUUUGCUCAAAGCAUGCUUAGGCAAGCCUAUAGAAGUUUGGGGAACUUGGAAAGACAUUUCUUUAACAAGCUUGUGUAUUGUUUUAAAAUCUCUAGUAUAUAAUUGUUCCUUGCAUGCUGGUUGUGAUCUUUUCUGUAGAUUGUUUCUUUUUGUGUGUGUAUUUAUUUUUGCAAAUAACAAUGCAAUGUGCAAUUAGUUCAUGUCUUGCUGGAUUUUCAAUACGUAGCUAAGAAUGGUCAGUUUAAUUCUCUGUUCAGAAGAAGCAUGGCUUCUUGUAAUGGAAAGAUUUAAGGCAACUUCAGUUGAGUGAACUUGUACCUAGAAUAUAUGGAAAAACCUUCCACUUGAGCCUCCAGUUUUAUCCCAAUAUCAUCAGCAUGUUAAGUCCAAUAAGGUCACAGUGUUACAGCCUCUUGAUUUAUUGGUGUUACUGAUACGAAGGUUGUUUAUUGAUUUAAGAUAAAGGACAAGUGGAUUAUGUAUGAUACAACACAAUAUUUGUCACAGCAGCCAUAAUAAGCAAUGUUUUGAAUAAUUAAAAAAAAAACUUGUGUAAAUAUCAAAAUUACAAUUUAAAUAUUUACCUUAUUAAGAAACUGUUAUCAGGAAUUAAACAGGUGUCAAAAAAUAUUUUUAAAAAUGUUUAUUACGGAGGCAUUUGAAAACAAAUUGAUCAAGAUUCGAUUCAUGUUUGCAUCAAGUAUAUGUCACAAUGUACAGAUUGAUGUUUUAUGUAGAUUUCUAGAACACUGAAAUAAUUCUCUGUGUAAAUGUUUAAGGGGCCUAAGCUUUCCUUACAUUCAUAUCACAUCAUACCUGUGUAUGGUCAUAGGUAAUAAAUAUCUUUCAAAUUA